GGAACACAGCCUCUCUCUUGCCUGAAACACUUGUCUUUAGUUAAGAAAUCCAGGCUUGAAUAUGUAUUUGGGCAGCAUUUUGCUAAUGCAUUUCCUGAUGAUUUUCUCCAUCUCUCUGAAAGUUGCAGGUGAUGUGGCUUCCUCUGAAGUGGAUUAUCAAGUUUUGGGCCAGCCAGGUUUUCUAUCUAUUCCCCCAAAAGAAGUUACACCAGAUGACAUAAAAUGGCAGAAAAGUGUAAUUCGCCUUGCACGAUUCUACAAUGAACCGUUCCGCACACCACCACAGCUCUUUGAGGAUUGCUCCAAUUUUACACUCACCUGUGAGGUGAAAUACAACUCAAGCCCAAAGCCCAACUUGAAGUUGUUUGAAAAGAAUAAAGAACAACAAUAUUCGUAUCCUGGACCGGUCUAUUUCAAUGGGAUGUGGAAAGUGCAAGUGGCAAUCAGACCAAAAUUCAAAUCUGGGAAAUUCAGAUGUGAGGCAAGUACCAACAGCAGCAAGGAAGAAACGGAGAAGGAAAUCAACUGUUCAGGCACUGAAAAAAAAGAACAACCAUUGGAGGAAGAGAGUCAGCUUGAGUUGGGCUCUGACGGGGGAGUUGCCUCUGCCCUGCUCCCUCCAGGGGUAUUACCAUCCCUACUGCUGCUGCUGCUGCUGCUACUAUAAAAAUCAGGCUGCGCCAGGGGCUGGGGGAAGGAAGAGAGUCAGCCUGCGUGAGGCUCUGACUGUGUUUGCCUCUGCCCCACCCCCUCCAGGUGUAUUAUCAUUGCUCCUGCUACUGCUGCUGCUGCUAUAAAAACCAGGCUGCGCUGGUGGGUGCAGGCCUCUUGGCUCUCAUCCUUGUGGCUCUCAGCCUUGGGGUCAAUGGCCUGGGGCCUCAGAAGACCUCUCCCUUUCCAUCACAGAGGACAAAGCUGAGAGAGACUAACCUCACCCAGCUCAUCAAAGAGAGCUGUAUGACUGAACAAGUCUUGGGCCUGAUUUUUUUUUUUUAAAUGGUUGGUUGGGUGUGGUUGGUUGGGUGUCUGGGAGAGCAGAGGAGUGGGGAUGGUCCGGGCAUAGGAGUGGGCAGCGAUAUCACAGGUAGCGAGCAGAGGGAGGUAUGGCAGUGGGAGUUGGGCAGGCCAUUUUAGGGGGGAAAGAUCCAGGCAACUGAGGCCUGUUCCUUUUUCCAGCUCUUCUCCCAACCCUGCAGCCCCAGGGAGCUCUGAGAAUACUCCCUCGUGGGUGAAGGUGUUGCUGUUGAAUGCUAGGUAGGUAAAUGCGAAAACAUCCCUCAUCCACAAUUUGAUUGUGGAUGAGCAUGUUGACCUGGUAUGUGUGACAGAGACCUGGUUGGAUGAGCUGGGUGGGGUUGGUCUCACUCAGCUUUGCCCUCCAGGUUUCCUGAUCCUGCAGCAGCCCUGCCUGGAGGGUUAGGGAGGAGGUAUUGUGGUCAUCUAUUGUGAGAUAUUUCCCAUUUCUAGGUGCCCUGUUUGCCCUUGAAGGUGGACCUCUGGGAUAGGCUGGGGAUUCUGCUGGUGUACCAACCAACCCACUGCACAUCAGUCUCUCUACCUGAGCUGGCAGGAGUGGUCUCAGAGGUGACUUUGGUUUUCCCCAAGCUUAUCCUUCUGGACUGCCUCUCGAGUGUAGGAAUUGGAGGUGCUGCUUUGGAGUGGCUUUGGUUCUUUCUUGGGGGUGGGAAGGGUCCAGAAGCUGGGGCUUGGGGACUACUGUUUGGCUCUGUGGGGUCCUCUGUAGCCUGUGAGGUCCUGCAGGAUUUGGUUUUGUCCCCCAUGCUGUUUAACAUCUAUAUGAAACUGCUGGGGGAGGUUGUCUGGGGAUUUGGACUGAGUUGUCAGCAAUAUGCAGAUGACACUCAGCUCUAUUUCUCCUUGUCACCUGAUCCUAGGGAGGCAGUUGAUGUCCUGAAUCAGAGUUGGAGGCUGUGAUGGGUUGGAUGUGGGCUAAUAAAUUGAUAUUGAAUCCGGAGAAGACAGGGGUACUGUUGGUCAGAAAGAGAGCCAAUCAGGUUGAGGAGAUUCUACUGGUUCUGGAUAGGGUUUCAUUCCCCUUGAAAGAGGAAGUAUGCCGCUUAGGGGUAUUGCUAGACCCGGUUCUGCUUUUGGAAGCUCAGGUGGAGGUGGUGGCCAGGGGUGCCUUUGCAAGUCUUUGGCUAGUGCGCUAGCUGCGUCCCUUUCUCGAGAAGGCAGAUCUCGCCACAAUUACCCACGCCUUAGUCACAUCACAGCUGGAUUACUGUAACACACUGUACGUGGGGCUGCCUUGAAGACUAUUCAGAAACUGCAGCUAGUGCAAAAUGCGGCAGCUAGGAUUUUAUCUGGAGCUGCCUGCUGGGAUCACAUCACACCCAUUUUGAAAGAGCUGCACUGGCUGCCAAUUUGUUUUUGGGUCCAGUUCAAGGUGCUCUUUUUGACCUUUAAAGCCCUUAACGGUUUGGGCCCUGGAUACCUGAGGGACCGCCUGAUCCCAAGGGUUGCUGUCUGAUUGAUAAGGUCAUCUGGUGGGGUUCUGCUCCAGGUGCCAACAAUGAGGGAGGCUUGGCUGUUGUGCAUGUGGGACAGGGCCUUCUCAGUUGUUGCUCCCAGACUCUGGAAUGCUUUUCCUUUGGCCAUCUGCUCCUCAGUUUCAAUCACAGUUUUUAGAAAGUGUGUGAAAUCUUGGCUUUUUACCCAGGCUUUUAUAUGAUUUUCUGUUGCUGCUGCUUUGUAUCUUUUAUGGUUAUAUUGUGCUUGUUUUAAAAUCUUUUAAUCAUAUCUGUAUUUUUUAUAUUCUAACUAAUAUUUUAACUGUGUAAUAUUUGUAAUCUUGGGUUUUUUUGUGUGUGAACUGCCUUGAGAUUGUUUUAAUGAAAUGCAGUAUAGAAAUUUAAAAACAAACAAACAAACAAACAAACAAAUAAAUAAAUAAAUAAAUGUG